GAGGCGCGUGCCCCGGCUCAGUAGCGUUGGGGCUGGCGUGCGCGUCGAAUCUUAACGUUGCGCUGUUUUGCGGGCGCUUUUGGGCCAUCAGCUUCUUUGCCUUCCACCCUGGCGCCCCCAAGUCCUGGCUCCCCAGCCUCGCUACCCCGGGCAUCCACGCCCUGCGGGCUCAGCGGGCUCAAUCUGCGCAGCACCACCUCCAUGUUGACUAAGCCUCUGCAAGGGCUCCCCGUGGCCCCCGUGACCCCCACGUCGCCGCCAGGAGGCAAGGAUCGCGAAGCGUUCGAGGCCGAGUACCGACUCGGCCCCCUCCUUGGUAAGGGGGGCUUUGGUACCGUCUUCGCAGGACAUCGCGUCACAGACCGACUCCAGGUGGCCAUCAAAGUGAUCCCCCGGAAUCGCGUGCUGGGCUGGUCCCCCUUGUCAGACUCAGCCACAUGCCCACUGGAAGUGGCAUUGCUAUGGAAGGUGGGUGCAGGCGGUGGGCACCCUGGCGUGAUCCGCCUGCUUGACUGGUUUGAGACACCAGAAGGCUUCAUGCUUGUCCUCGAACGGCCGUUGCCUGCCCAGGAUCUCUUUGACUACAUCACAGAGCAGGGCCCAUUAGGUGAGGGCCGAAGCCGCUGCCUGUUUGCCCAGGUAGUGGCAGCUGUUCGCCACUGCCACGCCCGUGGAGUUGUCCAUCGUGACAUCAAGGAUGAGAACAUCCUGAUGGAUCUCCGCCGGGGCUGUGCCAAACUCAUUGAUUUUGGCUCCGGUGCCCUGCUUCACGAUGAACCCUAUACUGAUUUUGAUGGGACAAGGGUGUACAGCCCCCCAGAGUGGAUCUCUCGUCACCAGUAUCACGCACUCCCAGCCACUGUCUGGUCACUGGGUAUCCUCCUCUAUGACAUGGUGUGUGGGGACAUUCCCUUCGAGAGGGACCAGGAGAUUCUGGAGGCUGAGCUCCACUUCCCUGCCCAUGUGUCCCCAGACUGCUGUGCCCUGAUCCGCCGGUGCCUGGCCCCCAAACCCUCUGCCCGACCCUCACUGGAAGAGAUACUGCUGGACCCCUGGAUGCAGACUCCAGCUGAGGAUGCACCCCUCAAUGCCCCCAAGGCGGGGCCCACCCCUUUGGCCUGGUCCCUGCUGCCCUAGUCCUAGCCAGGCCCCCGCUAGUUGGAAUAGCCGUCCCAUGGCAUGCCACAGGGAUAGAUGGACAUCUGUUGACCUGGUUAUACAGGUCAUUAAAAAUCCAGUGUUGUUAGG